GUUUAUGAUUUCAAAAAUUCUAAUAAUGCACAGGCCACACGAUUAUGAUAUGAAAUCAAAGGAAAUGAGCAAGGAUUGCUGGAUUAUUUUUAUUUUCGUAAAAGUUGUCGAAUAAAAUUCUUCUUGCGGUUAUUUAAGCUGUAAUUUUUGUGUUUGUUUUGAAACAAUGCAACAACCGAUUUGAAAGGUUUAAAAGUGCAGUAUUUAUUCGUGCGUUGCAAAAGACCUCGAAUAUUAGGACUGUCUCUGUGAUGAGUCAAAAACUAUUUUAUAUCAGGUAUCAAGGAUGACAUUUCAGCCUGCAAUAACCUGGUGAUUUUUAAAAAUGGAUGCUUCCUGUUAUUGCUGCUCUCAUGAUAAACUAAAACAUGCUGAGCCAGCUGCAGGCGAAAUGGAAUUAGAUGCUGCUCUGCAAGAGCUGGGAAUGCUAAGCACUAUCACCAACAGCCGAUUAGACUACCUCAAUGAAAAGGUGAAAAAAAAGCGUUCUAGUAACUCUUUAUCAUCUGCACCUCUGUGCAUUGUGCAGAUGAAUUCGCAAUUUGUGACUAAAUUCUCUUUAUCAAAAAAUUCUGUUCCUGGUGCAGAUAGUGAGUCGGAAGAAGAAAAUGAUAGCUCAGCUCCUGGCCGGCCUCAUGGUUCCAUAGAAGAAAGUAAAUCUGUAGUAAAUCCAAAAUUAAUAUGCGAACAAAAAAUGCGGCGGGUCUAUAAAGGUAUAAGGCGGAGGGAUUAUAUGUUUAGGCCUUAUGACUUUCCAUGGAGGCUGAAGCUGGAAGACUCUCUGAAGAACAUUCCGGUUGCUGCCGCUGUGUCAGAUAGAGCUAGUCCACCGACAGUAUCUCGACAAGACAGUGGCAACAAGUCCAAUCCAAGUAGUCCAGUUAAAAGCCAAAAAUCUCUGACCAAUUUAGGAAGCUCAAUAUUUCGCUCACGUUCCUUAGACGAUUUGGAAAUAAGCAAGUUAGAAGCUAAAGAUGAUAGUUGUUAUGAAACCGGUAGAGCUGAAAUAGAUACAAUGUCUCAGCGUAUAAGUAAACUUCAUGUCAGUUGAAAUAGUUUGAAGGUACGGUUUUCCUAUUUUAAAGAAAAUGAUAUGUGUUGUUAUGACUUAAGCCACUGCUGAAACAUGUAAUCUUUUUUGAUGUUGUAGAUAUGUUAGUCUUGUAUAGUAAAUAUGAUUAUUAAAGACUUUUUUGUUUUAUUUUUUAUUUUAAUUUUACUUUGAGAAUAAUAAAGGUUCUGAGGAAGUAAAAUAAUUCAAUAUAUAUUUUGCAAAUAUAUAAUCUAACAAGUUAUAUAUGAAAUCGUUCAUUAUUUUGAUGUGAAACGUAUAUAUAUUUAUGUCUAAAAAAAUGAGCUUUUUAUAAAUAUUUGAGUUGAGGAUUCUUUUAUUCCAUUUUUAUUUAAGAAUUUAUUUCUUGUAUAUCUUUUACAAAUGGCAGCUGCAAAUAUUAAAAAAUGUUCUGCUUUCAUUUAUUACAUAGUAUGUGAGUAUUUCUAAUAGUCUAACUGUUAUAAAUUUUUAAUUUAAAGUAUUAAUAGUUAAGCUGUCACUUUUCAAUACAGAAAUGUAUUUACUGCUAUGUUGCAUUUGGAAACUUUGCUAAUAUUUAAGAGUAUAAAAACUCUUUUAACUGUGGCAAUUUGUUAUUUUUUCUUAUGUAAAAUUCUUGCAAUAAAAAACAGUAUGAUAGAUCAAAAUAAAAUUAUGCUCAAAAAUUUUUAUUUUUUGGUAGCAGCUUAGUGUGAAAAAGUUGUUGCUAAAAUAUUUCUUAUACCUAUCUUCUACAGCUAUGUUUUCCUCCCAAAUAAAUAUUAAUUAUAAUUAAAAUGUUUUGAAAAAGUUUCCAAGUGUGUUUAUGUGUGGCUUCAAUUUUUCAUGCUUUUAAGUAUAUUAAUUGUUUGUCUUGAGUUAAAACAGUUUGGGUGAAGGUCUGUUUGUAACUUGUUAUAAAUUAUUAAAAAAAUUAUCUUCAACUAAUAAACAAUUUAGAAAGAAAGGUGUACAUUGUCAGAAAUUGAAUUAUGCUGUUUUUUAUUUUAUUGUUAUAGUAUGUCCAGCAGUGGCUUAGAUUUUUUAUUCUUAUUUGUUUAUUGUUGGCAAGUAAUGUGAUGAUCCCCAUUGUGGCAUCAACAUUGCUAAUGAAAUGUACAUUUGAAUUAAAUCAUUCACUUAUAUCAAGUAUAGUCAUUCAUAACUUUGGUAUCUUUUACAGAAUGUAUAGAAUUGUGAAAUUUAUCCAUUUUAUGCCUUCUUUCUUUUAAAUUCUUCAAGCAUAUAGCUUUUGAAUAUUUUUGUCUUCAAAAUAAUUUGAUGUUUUAAAUUAUAGAUGCUUGUUAGAUCAGAACUAAGGCUUCCAGUUAGCAUUCUUUCACUACACAUCACCUUCAAUUACAUUAAGUACUGGAAGGAGAGAGAAAAGUAAAUAAAAAAAUAUAUUUGAUUAAAAAUAUUAAGCAAGGUAUUUUAAUAUAAUGGCAGUUAUUUAGCAGUCAUUUCCUUCUCUGACAAUUCUAAUCAGUCAACAUUAAAAAUUAAUUUAUUAGCCAAUCAUAGAAAUAAUUUCCAUUUAAUAAUAAACACAUGACAUUUACCAGAAAAUAUAAUAUGUAUUUUCUGAUGUUUGUUAAUUCCAUAAUUAAAUAAUAUUUCAAAUAAAAACAUGUGCACAAUGGAUAUUUUGUUGAAUCAAAUUUGUAUGCUGAUGUAAUUUUUUUAUGGAAAUUUGUAUGUUUUUUUGUGCUAUAAUACAUAGGUGUUCAUAGUAUAAUUUUCUGUUCAUAAUUAACAUUAAAACCUUAUAAUAGAGACUGUUUGAGCUAAUUAUAAUAAUAUGGAAGGCGGGAAUAGAAAAAAGCUAUUUUUUUUUUUAAAUAAUUGAAACUCCAAUUUUGUUCUUGUGACAUACGUAUUUCACUUUCAAUAGAGGAUUUACAUUUAUCAAUAAUGAAUCCGUAGAGAAUAAAGUCCAUUCACAUAUCCUAUGUUAUCAACUGGAAAAAUAAUUAGCAGUCUUUCCCUUCUGCAGUCAACAUUAAAAAUUCAUUUAUUAGCCAAUCAUAGAAAUAAUUUCCAUUUAAUAAUAAACACAUAACAGUUUUCAGAAAAUAUACAAAUCACAUAUUUAAUAUGUAUAUGAAUUCAACUGCAGUUUAGGAUUGUUUCAAGUAGUAUUUAAUGCAUUAGUUUUAAGGAGGUAAUGAGUAUUUUAAGAUUAAAGUAUUUGAAUAUAUCAUUAUGCAUUCAUGUCAAUUACUUUUAUAGAAGUUUAAGAAUAUAAUGCUUUUGAGAAUUUAAUACGAAAAUACUUAACGAAAAUUUCCUAAAUUUUGUGUUAUUGUUUUACUGUAUUCAGUUGUUUCAAAUUUUUUUCCAUAUAUGCCAGAGAAAAGAGAUUGAUGAUGCAGAGAUGUUCAAUUAUUUAUAAUUUCUCUUGGUUUUUUUUUAGCUGAGAGAACUUGUUUGUUCUCAUGCUUUUUUUUUUUUUUUUUUUUUUAGCUCAACUUUAGGAGUUUUAGCUAAGUUUUGAGAAAAUAAAUUUAGAAUUAAAUUUUAAUUAAUAGCAAAGUAUUUGAAAAUCUUGCAACUUAAAAAAAAUUUGGUGUCACAGGUUUUACUUUAAAUCCCCCCAAAACUUGCUUUUCUCAGUUUUUUUUAAAUAAUCAUUUUAUGUAUAUGUUCAGGUAAACAUAUUCUGCAUUAAAAAAUCUACUUUUAGUUUUCUAUUUUAAGUAGAUACCAUUGUAUUUCCUAUUUGUUUAGUGAUAUUCUCUUCUCAGAUUUUUCUAAUAAUAGUUGUAAUAUUAUUUCUUAAAGCAAUUCCAUCUAUACUAAUUUUCUUGUUAAUGGAAAAUAGAGUAAUGGAGGAAUUAAGAACUGUGUAAUGUUUAACUGAACAUGUGAUUAACUGACAUGUAAGUGAAUGCAUAUGUUUGAAACUGGAAGCCCUAGUAAUAUGAAAAUAUUUUUGUUCCCUGAAAUUUUAGCAUCAUUUAAUGCAAUUUUAAUUAAAAUUAAGUGAAAUUUAAAAUUUUCUAGGUGCUUAUUACAGACAUUUAACUGUGAAGAUACCAAAUUUAUGGCCAGUAUUUACUUUUGUACUAAAAGCAAAUUCAGUGUGAAUUGAAAUAGAUGGAGACUGUGAUUAAAAAAAAAAGUACAGUUUUUACUUUUUUAAAUCUAGCUAUGAUGCUCAGUCCAUGUAAGCCUUUUCUUGUGCACUAGCCCUCCUAUUUUUUAUGAGUGAACCAUAGUGUUGGCUUCCUUAAUCAGCUUAAAUAAAUUUAAAAAAAAAUUAUCAGCUGAAAUGCAAUGACUUGUUAGAAUCCUUUGCUAAAGAUUUUAAUUCUUUAUUUUUAUUAUCAUUCACAUUAUAAUUGAAAAAUGCAUAGUUUUUAUUAGGCUGUGUUUGAGACCUCUUGAAGGUCUCCUUCUUGAAGGAUGCAUGUUUACUUAAUGAUUUCUGUUGUGAUUUGUUAAACAGUCGUCAUAAACCAAAAUCUCCAUGAACCAAAAUUAAAUCUUUUAUAUAAUAUUUCUGUUUUUCUUGUUGGCCCUGCUUUAGAUUUUUAACACAAUUAUAUCAUACUGCAGUAUUUUAUACAAAUGAAAUCUCACCAUCAGUUUGUUUUAAAAAUAAUUUUAAAUGAAUAAAAAUUGCUCUCCUUUAAUUGUUAAAACCAUAAAUGCAUUAUUUUUAUAGAAUUUGAUUGCAAUCAGUCAUGGUAAUAAUACAUAUCAUAGCAUAUAAAUAAAAGUUUUAAAAUAAGAUUUGUUUUGACAUUGGAAAGGAAAGAACAUGGUCUAUACUGUUGAUCUAAAUUUAACUAUAACACUGAACUCUGAGUUUUUAGAAUUAACUGGAAAAAUAUAUUGAUAAAAAAUUAAAAAAUUUUUGAGUGUUGGUUUCCUGCUUUUAGAGUAAAUGCUAAUAACAUUGUUUUGAAAAGAUAGACCUAAUAUAAUCUAAGACAUUGUCAAUCAAAUAAAUCAAAAUUUUGUUUUUAUUUUUCAAAAAUAGUUUACUUGAGGUGAGAAAGUAAUUAAAGUUGUUGUGUAUGAUGAUUUUGAGUUAUUUGUUCUAAUAUUUUUUCAAUGGUGAAAUUUGUUUAUUCAUCUUAAUAAGUAAAAAACCUCAGUUUUAUUGAAGCUUUUAUUAGCAGGUGCUUCGAUGGAAGUUAAUGGAAUUUGAAGUUUAAAAUUUUUCAUUUCUACCUAUGUAAAUCAUGCAUCAACUGAUAAACGAGUUCUUCAAGAAAUAUCUUAUUUUUUCUUAAUUAAUUAACAGCUUUUGCCUAUAGAGAGUUAAUAUUUGUGUUAAAUUGAAAAUAAUAAAAAUUAUUCACAAAAUGUGAGUUUGAAUUAAAAAAAAUUAAAGAAUAAAUGUGACCAUAAAAUUAGAAGUUGAAACUUUGAUGCAAAUUUUAGUCGGAAUAUAAUUUUUUAAAUUUAUUUUUCUCCUCAAAAGGAAACUUAAUCACUCUUUUAAUAAAUUCUUUUACUUUCUUGAAGCUGUAACUCUGUGAAGAUAAUACACUUAAAAUUUUGAAAUUUUUCCCUUUAAAGAGUAAAAUGCUUAAAACACCAUUAUGGAAUGUCUGUUUUGUUGUGGUUCUUUAUAAAUGUAGAUUGGAAACCUGUAUUCUUUGGUAUAUAAGAAAGCAAUUCUUGGAAGGAGGGUUGGUGCAUUCCUACAUAUAUUAAUACAUAUAUGUAUGUGCAGUCGUGCAGCUGUGAUUUCUUCAAUGCAAGUCUUAACAGAUGGUAUUGUUUGGUCAAUUUUAGAAACUGUUUCACAGAAAGAGUCUAACUUCUGCCUGAGCUAUGUUUUUGAUGAUAUUGAGUUUCAGAUAGUAAAUAAUACUCCAUAUAAAUAGUCAAGGUAUGUUGCAGUGUAGUGUUUGCUUUAAUGAAGGUAUUAUAAUGAGCUUUUAUAACUGAUAUUGUAAAAAACUUGAAAAUGUAUAAAAUCUGAGAUUUUGAUUUAAUUUUUAACUACAUUUAUUUGGAAAUAAUUGAAACUAAUUAUCAAUUUGGUAGAAGUUUGAAGAGUGUGUUCUAAAUAAAGUAUACAAACUUCA